UAGCGGUUGCUAAGUAUUUUUCUCCUACCCACCAGCUCGCAUAUGCCGCAGAUGUCUUGAAAUUUCCGGCCAUAUCAUCCUUGCUGCAGCUGAUGGUCAUCGCGGGUCGCUACGGACAUCGUGAGACGUGAACGUGUAACUUUGCAAACACGGAACAUAUCACUUUGGAAUGGUGUUGCCCUAUUUAUGACUGAAUGGAUUAAAAGAGCGCAUCGUUCACGCACAAGGUCCGGAAGUGGCACAAUGUUAAGCUGAGAGAAGAGCCCAGCAGAGUGUGUCCGAAGGUCAGAAUAAGUUAUUAUUCUCAAGACCCGCUCCUGUAAUUUGAAUGAACAACCAAGCCGUAUUAGAUGUUACGUCACCAAGUCUGGUAAGUGCAUCGUCUCUAAACAGCAUUCCGGGGUAAGUAAUCAGACAGCGCUUUGUUGUUCUUCUUUUAUUCCACGCUCUACUGCUUUACUUGUUUUUUCGUUUUGCACUGAUGCUGUGCUCUUGCUUCUGCUUCAAAGUCACUCCUGUACAAAAUUUUCCGAAUAAACCAUUCUAAACAAACGUCUGUGACGUAGUUAUUCUAUCACAUUACAUCACAAAUACUUUCACUCGGGGAAACCAUUGCCCGAUAGCUUUUAGUGCUGAACAUUAUUUUCAGAGCCUCUGACUCCAAUUUUCUGUCUGCGUAAUGCUGUGUUGGGCUGCGUACCCACAUGUGGGCAAUGUGUGCGGUAUAAACGCGAACGCGGCGCGGUAAACCCUUGCCGCGAGCUAGAGUAGAAGGUCGAGUAUCGCCCCUGGCCAUGGAACUCCCCAGUCAUCAUCAUUUAAAUAAAAUUGUUGUUAUUGUCUUGCCGCGGGGUGGAAAAAAGCCGCUUUUCGUUGAUCGCGCAACACACGAUUUUUAGCGGUAUGCCACACAUUCUCGACCAAUCGGACGCGGUUCAGCGGAGACGGCAUGAAUGCACACGGCAUGCUGGAGGGCGGUUCCGCACAUCACUUCUCUACCGCAUGUGGGUACGGGCCCUUACGAGGCGUUCGCAGGGAGAUAGGACAGAAAUAUCAAAUCACUCGAACUUCUAAACAAAUACCCGCUUGUCGGGAUUUAACGACUAAACUGCUGAAAACGUACGUUUCGGGAGUAAUGUACAGGCAAAAAAUAUUCGCCAUAUUAACAAUGGUUCAAGCUUAUCCAGGUAUUGAACGUCAUUUCCGAUGUCAAUAUCUCAAAUUACCUAAUUGUCGAAUAAAUAUUACGUUCGCUCGAUUUGCAAGAGAGUGCGUUUCUCGCAGCACAAGGUGUCAGAGGUUCUACGCGAUUACCGCAUCGGUUGUCAUGCAGAGGUGUAUAAUCUAUCUGUCUUCUCAGAUACAGGCUACAGCGGCACAAGUAAAAAGUUAACGACUCUGAGUUCCACGAUGCUAUCAGCCAUCACCGGAGUAGACCCGCAAACAGCCAUUUCGGACAAGGUCAAGACAAUCAGUGUGCCCUACAGAACGAUACGCCCACGUCCACGGAAUAUCCUGGUGUGCGUGAUCGGAGACCCAUAUCUGACCACCGACAUUGUAGUUCCACCAGCGGGCCUGUGUACUUUCUACUUCUACCGUCCAGUGGAGACGCCUACACCGUUUGCCCAAACCUCCCCUGGCUGGCAAUGGAUUCUGUCCCUCGCCAGAGACCACCCUGCUGCCAGCAAGUAUGGAGUUGAUAUCAGUGAAAGGUAUGUCAACCUUUGGAACACACAUCUCUUAAACCAGGCAGACAGGAAUGUAAUUAGUACAUACAAGUCGUCCGGAGUUGUCAGCUGCUCAGUUUUGGACACGACGCUUGCAUGCGAUCGAACAGAUGAUGCCACAACGAACAUCAUCAAAGUCCUCAAGACCUUGCACGGCAUACCAGGAUCGCCCUCCCCCCAAGCAGGCCAAGAUACCCUCGACGCUAUAAUGAUAGGUGUUUCCCCAUUACGUUCUGCUGUAAAGACGUGUGGUCAGAUUUUGAGGGACCACGUUCUUCGGCUCGUCAGAAAACUGAAUCCGUACGCGGUAUUGUUUAGAAGCACAUACAUGGCGCCACCGGAUUGCAUCCAACCAGCCUGCACGCCGCCUAUCUGCAAGCUCCCUGGGAUGUCGUUCUGGAACGGUAGCGAGAUCGAUGACCAGCCAUCUAUGGUGGAUGCGCUGGAAUUCAAGGGUAGCGUCUUAUUGCCGUCAAGCACGCUACCUAUGCUUUCAUUCAGCCCACGAGGGCGCUUCAUACGGAUGCCGCAGUGCUUCACAUGUAAGUGGAGUGACGUAGCCCAAAGGAACAUACCCAAGUGCACGGCAACCUACAGCGUGGGAACUGCUCCUUAUAUUUGUCAAAAAGGCUCUUACUACUAUCAGUUGAACCAGUAUCCUUCACAGCACUCAAAGGAUAUCCGCGGAGUGCAAGAACUCUCGCACAGCGAGAAUUAUACCAGGAUACUCGCAUACGACACCAACGCAACGCUAACGUUUAAGAUGUGCAACGCAGCGAAAGAAUUUGGCUUCGACGGAAGCUGGGUUAUCUUUGAUGUGCAAUACCAAGAUACGAAGAAUAUCUGUCGCGACACAGUCUUCCCCGAGAACUUCACCAUCGUGCAUUGGGUUAAGAAACACAUGGAAAGCAACUUCUACACUUGCGACGGCAUUUGGAUGUAACACAUCUCGACCACUUGUCGAAGGUGUGGAAGCUAUUUAUGUGGAUACAAAUGUGAUAGAAAACGA